AUGGCUGAAAAAUAUAUUGAGCGUAAGUAUGUUGCUCUCAUAUAUAAGUUUCAAACUUUUGAUGAAUGUAAGUUUAAUUAAAGUAUCAGACAAUUUGACUUAUAUGUAUCAUUUAUAGACCCAUAGCGAGGGGAAUUCGGCGUAAUAUUUCCCAAAGUAAUGAUAUUAAAUCAAAUCUUCUGUACAAAAAUAACGAAAUUACAAACAACAGCUCGCGAACGCCAUAUUGUUUCAGAGAGUGGUGUCCACGCGUCACGCGUAAGCGUGGGAUACUAUAAUACCCCACGGUGGAUCUGCCGUGGGAUAUUAUAGUAUCUCACGCUGCAUUGCGAUAUCCUUAAUUUGAGUGAAAUACCGUAAAAAAUCACAUUAUCACGUGGUACAAAUGCUGUUUUUUCAUUGGAGAAUUUGAAUUUGAGAUAUAAUAUUAAUAUAAGUCCAUCGGGCGCAGAGGCAGCGGAUUACCUCGAAAGUGAGAGGGAGGGGACUGGCACUGACCAGAAAGGGCACUUGAGUCAGCAAACAUUCUAAAUAUCUUAAAUGUGUCCUUAAAAGGUCUAGAGGUUGGGAUGCAUGCAAUAAAGAGCCUUGCAUGUUAUCCCCGAACCAAAGGCGCGGAGCGCCGUUACGGGAGUAAGCCCGGGUUUGAGGGCCCUAAUUCCGCCCGGCUAUUUAUACCCGGGGAAAGGAACGCACUAGCGAAGUCUAAAGUUCAUUAAUAAUCGCGGGCGCAUGGCUAUGGUUCACUGUGGUCAUCCUCACUGAUCUUAAAAUAUGUAACGGACUGUCGUGAAUAGCGAACACUGAUUGGUCAAAUUUGAAAUGUGUAUUGUAACAACUGCAUGACGAUAGCGAAAUAACAAACAUUUCUUGCAAAUAUAUUGUAUUUUUGCAAGAUUUUGUAAAUUUCAAAACCUUUUUGAAAAAAGAAAACCCAAAAACGUCUAAAAAAGGGAGCAAAGACGCUAACGUUAAUGAAGGUAAGGUUACGUUGUUUGUAUUGUUUGCUUUGACAUGAAAGACUAACUGACCAAUCAUAUGUCAACAACCAAUACGUAGGCCAAAGGUCAUUGUGAUAAGGGCUUUCACAAAUAUCCAAACGAAGAGCAAUAUCUUGUUACCGAGAAAGAAAAUUUCCAUCAGUGACUUGUCUGGUGCAUUGUAUGGGUACAAUUGAAAAAUCGCGCUGCAUUGUCGAAUCGCGUCCAGUGAGUCUCGGUCUUUAGUAUGCCAUUUAAGAUUAUCGUCAAUCCACAAUCCAAGCGAUUUAAAUGAGGAAAAUUUGCCCUAAUUUUUGGGAUAAGAACAUGUUGUAUGUAGAAGACCGAGUAUUAUGGUUAUGUACCUGGGUAAGUGAUUAUCUUGGUUGAAAUUAAUUUCGGAAGAAAAAAGAGUGACAACAAUUUUCCGAAUCGAUCUGUUAUAAAGGACUAUAAGAUUGGAUUGAUAUAUGUGUUUGUUGUAUACUUGACGUUGCAUUGGUCUAAAUUAAAGACGGGACGACAAUUUUUGAAUAAUGUCACUGAUGAUAUGUAUUUUUUAACAAUUUUUUUUUACUAUUUUGUUUGUGAACUGAACAUGUUGUCAAAUAAACUACCGUUUAUCUUUAAAAAUGUUCACAGCGUAUUAAAAUUGUUUAGUUAUUGUGCUUUGGCACUUGAGACCAACCAGUCGUCAACUUCAAUUUCUGUAGUCAGCGCAAACUUUAGUUCGCUGUUUUGUAUCUCGUGUAAUAUAUAGUUUUAACUGCACACGUUAAAAUGUUUCAUUGUCCACGCCAUUUUGAAAAGCGCGCUUUAAGGCAUUUUAAAAAUUUUCCGUACCGGAUUGUCUGAUCCUGCACGUGUAGUGACCAAUCAAAUUGCGUAUUUGAUUGAUUAUUUAUUAUAUAAAGUAGCUAUCUUGCUGUUCAUGUAUAUAGAGCAACAAAAUGUCGAUGUUUCAGUUUCGAUCAUACUUGUCUAAUAUAGCGUUGGAUUUUUUCGUAUUUGAAGAAUAUGGUAUUUUCAGCUUACAAUUGAAUCAAGUAGAAUUCCUAAAUUUGUUUAAUACUUCUCUUGUUCGAUUUAACAAUUGUUAAUAAAUAGAGAAAUCACAUAAUUUGGAGUUCCUUGAGGAGGAUUAAACAGACAAAUUUGUUUUUAUCAGACAGUUUAGUAGGUUUCAAUCAAUCGUAUAUUUUCCACAUAUUUUGGUUUACCAUCACAGACUUCUAAAUCAACAAGGCUUGUAUCGCAAAAAAUUUAGUGUCAUAUGCAAAUAUAUAUUAUAAGAUAAGGAAACUAUCUGUCUUCCACUAAAUUCUUGCUUGUAUAUUAAUAUUAUUUUUGUCAUUGGUAAUAAUAAAGCUUCUUCUUCUUCUUCUUUAUGCAUAAUACAUAACUUAAUUCGCUUGCAGAGGUAUUCUGUCUUUAAGAGCCCUCUAGUUUAGUAAUACUUCAGUCGCCGCGGAACCUUACCAACUGGAAGCUUUAGGAAACACGCAAUACUAUUGUGUCAAAUUUUGUGGACGCGUACAUCAGUUGAGAUAGUUAAUAUACUAUGAUUUAGGUAAGGGACCGGUCAUUAUUUAUGGUGGGUGGCACCGAAGAGAAAAGGGUUGGGUAAACAAAAUUUUGAGUGAGUAAAAGGUUGGGUAAAUGAAAAAUAAAACAACUCAAGGGUUGGGUAAUAAAAGUUUAAUGUCAUUUCCAAAGCAUGACUCACUCAAAUAUUGGAGACUAAAAAGCAAUGUCAACAGUCAUAUGUCAAUUCAAUAUGUAAAUCAAUCAGAGUCAAUAUCUUGAUCAUUUUCCGAUUUGUUGGGAUCGAGACAAAUGGUGUCUCCAAAGAAAGUACAUGUGCAGACAAGAUGCAACUUUAGACUGCAGAAAAUUUCACAAGCCGUUAUCAAACUCAUGUCACAGAAGUGGUAAAGGACAUGUGUGACAACUGAAUGGUAUUCGUUUGUAAAGUUUUUGGCCAGGGGUGGGUAUUUAUUUUUUAAUAGAUAUUUGAGGUUAGGUAAUCAAAUUCUUGACAUUUUAAUGGAUGGGUGAGCAAAAUUUUUUCCACGAAAAACAUUUCUCUUCGGUGCCACUCCCCACCAUAAAUAAUGAACGGUCCCUAACAGGCUAACUAAAAUAGUCUUCAAACACUCAUUAAUAAUUCAUUAAGCUUAUUGGCAAAUCAUGUCAACCAUAAUAUGUCACGUGCAGUGGCUUUAAACCUGAUAAAACACUCCUAAUUAGUAUAUUCUUUAUAUAAAGAAUACUAAUAAGGCAGUAUCUAUUGUAGUCGUGUCCUCAUUAGUAUUCUUUAUAUAAAGAAUACUAAUAAGGCAGUAUAUCUAUUUAAUUUGUAGUCGUGUUUGAAGCCGUUUAAUAAACUCGCAGGUCGUGUUUUCAACCUAAUAAAACACUCCUGCUCGUUUAUUAAACAGUACUUAGAAGACUAGCCUAGUUAGUUAACUAGUUAGUUAGCAUAAAUUAUAUGAGCUAAUUACACAUUCAGUUUACUCUGCUGAUAAAAAGUAUAAUAGUUAAUGAGAUAAAGAUUAUGCUUCCCUGGAAAUUCGCGAUCAAAUAAAACGCCUAUAUAUGCAGAAUGGACUUGAUCACCAUGGUCAUAGAAUAAGAGAAGACAAUUCUUCAAAACAAACAAUUUUUAAUCAAUUGCACAUUUCUUAAUUAUAUAGAGCCACGCCCUCGUCCCAUACCACCGCCAAGAAAUCGGAAUGACGUCCCACCUGAUAAUAGCUCACCUAACAAUGGCCCAUCUGAAAAUAACCCACCUGAUGAUGAAUUGUAUACAGAGGUAGAUAACUAUGAAAGACUUGAAGCCACAGGCCAUUCCUCUGAAAAUGGUCGUUCUGACCAAUCAUUUCAACCUGAUCAAUCUACAUACUUCAACCGCCUCGCGCAGUCUCAUUCUCGACCAGUAUUCCAAUCUGAGCAAUCAGACUCCCACCACCCUCAUUCUCACCAGGCAUUCCAGUAUGGUAAAGGUACUGUACAUAAGAACAAUCCCUCUCAAUCUGAAUACGCCACCCCUCCCGACGAUGAAGAAAGUAUCCAUGAUAAUGAAAAUGUUGGAAGCAAUGAAGGACAAAGUUCAUCUGAAAAUGUCUAUGAAUACAUGGACCUAGAGACACGCGACGUGCGAAACACUUACGACUACAUGUUCAGUUGCGAAUACAAAAGAACGGUGUCAAAUG